UUCUAAUUUAACUUUCCUGCUUCUCCAAAGGCAUAAAUAUCUGCUCUGGCUUUGAUGCCCCGGAAUGCAUCCUUCUUUAACAUAAGAUACAAGGGCGCAACUGGCAGGAAAUGAAGCUUUUCUAUUCCACCCCAGCCAACUUAAAAACUGGAGUUAUUGUAACCUUGUGUUGUGACUUGGUAUUCCAGUGGGGAAUACUUGCUUGUCUCUGUGAUGCCAGAUAACAUUAUUGGGGUGUUGCAGGAGACCUUGAACUGGCCAUUGUGACUUUGGGAAACUUAAAGAAAAUGGAUACCUUUUAGAAUCCAUUACACAAAUUACUUUCACUUGAUAUUUGAGGUAGAGGUGCAUAGAGUUAAAUACUUUCCUAAAAACUCAUUGAAGACACCCUAAUAUAAGAGAGGAUUAGUAAUAUAGCGAGGCAUCAAAUGUUCAGAAUUAAUUUAUGCUUUUCCAGAAUUUUUUUUUAAGGCAGAGUUUGUACAGAAAAUUGAGAUGUUGAGAACAAAAUUAAUCAAGGGGUACAAUAAGAAAUUCUUUAAUUGCAUAUUCACCAGUGCUAGGAGGCUGGAUAAUAAAUGAGAGGAAUUGUGUAUUUAAGAGUAUAAUCUUCACCUAGUGGGUGGUAUAUAAACCUGUUGGGAAGAUUCUUAUAAUUGAAAUGUUAAAAUAAAUGGAAUUUAGGAAGGAAGAAGUGGGCAGAAGGGGAGACGAAUAGCACUCCAUGUCAAAAAUGGUUUUAUCUAUUUCCUGAGUGACACAUCAGACCUCCAGCAUGCUGGCAAUACUAACAUGUCCUUGGACUUUUUAAAAACUAUAGAGGACAAUUUCCUAACUCAACAAGUUGCUUCAACCCAUGGGAAUUCUGUAUUAGACCUCAUCGUGACAGACAGACAUUGAUCGCAGAACUGGUGAUUGCUUAGUGAUGCAAGUGAUUUAUGACUUAAUUACAUUUGUUGUGUGCAAACAGAAUAAAGUCCAAGGUAGUAGUAUAUAUUUAGUUCUUUAAAGGGCCAGUUUCAUAAAGCUGAUGAUAAUUAUGGGCCAAAUCAGCUGAAGAAAGAAUUUAGAUAGAAAGUUGUACAUGUCAAUUGGGAACUGUUUAAGAACAUUUUACUAGAUGCCCAAAAUGUUAUAAUUGAGAAAGAAGGCUAUAAAAAACAAAAACAACCACUAAAAAAACAAUCUGGCUUAAAGGAAAAGUUUGGGACAGUUUCCCACCCUGGCCUGGGGGGGAGGGAGGUAAAGAGCUCCUAUGGGCUCAGUUAGCCCUCACCUGGCGCACCUGGCCUGUUGCACAUGGAGAGAAAUGGCUCCUUAAAAGGGAGGACCAAGCCCCGCCGAGUAUGGCACUCAGAAGGAAGUGGAGCAAAAGAACAGAGGUCCCUAGCCCCACAGAACAGAAGCUGUUUACCCAGAAAGCUGUUAAAAAUCCUCUGCUGCUUGGAUCCUCUGGAGAGGUAAAGAGACAGACGUAACUUUUUCUUUUUUUUCUUUUUCCUUUUUCAAGCCCAGGAAGCUCAGCAUGGGCUGCUCAGAUACCCAAGAAGAUAGCAAAUCGGCCUCUUUCAUAUAGACUAUUUGCUUUUUUCCUUGUGAGAAACAGCAGGGUAAGCCCAGACUGUUGUGUAGGUUGUAGGAUUAUUUUGUUUGCCUUUUCCUUUUUUUUUUUUUUUUUUUUUUGGAGUGCAGUUAUACCCAGAAGGUGGGGAGCUGUCUCGCCAAGAUUUACAGCUGGGAGACUGCAUCCUUCACUCCAAACUGGUGCUACAGUGACAUCUACAGCCUGAGAGGGAUGUCUGGGAUGAGAGAGAGAUACGUACCCUCACCCCAUGGGGGAGCCCUGGAGGCAACCCAAAGUUAUGUUGACGAAUGUCCUGAGGACAGAAAUAGGAAGAAAAUACACACAGAGCCAUCUUAUUACUGAUGCUAAUUUAUCUGAUGUUGACAAGUUGCAAUCAGAUCGACCACCCUCAUCAUCCGUUGCCAGCCUAGAGAUAUUGCAAAUAUUAAAUCCUUCUCUCCAAAGCCUUUUUAUAUCCAAAAGGCAACCCAAAGUUAUUUUGAAGAAUGUCCUGAGGAUGAAAAUUGGAAGAAAAUACAUAAAGAGACAGCUUAUAACAGAUGCUAAUUUAUCUGAUCCUGACAAGUUGCUAUCAGGUCAACCACCCUCAUCAUCUGUUGCCAACUUGCAGACAUGUCACAUAUUAAGUCCUCCUCACCAAAGCCCUUUUAUAUCUGAAAGGAAUGAAUGGCAUCAGAAGAAGACAGAUAACAGUCUUCUGAAAUUGUCUGAACCAUCUAAAGAAGCAGAAAGCAAUAAUGCUCUGUUUACUGUAAGAAGAUAUGACCAGCAGAAGAAAGAAAAUAAGAAAAGUGAUCAACAAGAUAAAGAAAGCAAAAUCUUGAACUCUUUUGGUUUGAGGGAAGCAAGUUGUCUGAAUUCUGAGAAGAGGAAAAGAAGAUUUAGUGGCCAUUUUCCUGAUCAGUGUAAUGCAUGUUCCCCUGGAAAAGUACCAUCGUCAUAUAAAGAACGAAGGAUAAUUUCAACCCAGGGCCACAGAUCUGGCCUGAUUCAGGAAAAUGUUUCCCUGGUUGUAGAGGCAGAAUGUAAAGAAACAUUCAUCCAUGACUAUUUGGAACCAGCUCUCAGCUGUGCAAAGGAACACUGCUCAGAGCAUCCUCCCAGGAGUUCAUUGCAGAAGCAGUAUUCUACCACCAGUGAGGAUGUGAGGAUUUCCCCGCUAGUUGGCACUUCUGGUAAACCAAAGAUGAACAUGUCAGAGUAUCUGAGUAAGUUGCGCAACAGAAUCUGCGAGGGCAAUCAGUCAUUUGUUUCAGCUGAGCCAAUUGUUCUUUCCAGCGACGAUGAAGGAUCAUCUGAACCAAAAGACCCAGAAAAGCUGGAUCUGCAGCCUCUGCAUGAUGACACAACUGAUAAUAAAGAAACAGAGCAAGAGCCUGAGUUACCUUUGGCAGAAGAGCUAUUGCAAGAUGUAACUGAAGAUGAAGAGCAGCUCUGUGUUUCAACUGAACCACUUGAAGAUAACUCUUCCACAGACUUACCUUCCUGUAACACAUCCAAUAAACAGAUGGAGCCAGCACUGGAUAUUAAGAUUACUACACUGUAUAUAGGAAACAUAAAAGGAAUGUCAACAGGUUGUCUUAUGUUUACUACAAGGUAUAUUAAGAUCCCAUUUCAAGUGGCUCCUAAUAAGAACAUAGAGUUGUCAGUGGAUACCGUACACCUAAGAAAGUUUGGCCUGUGGAGGAAUAAUGAAGAUUGUCACUCUUCAAGGACUAGCACUUUCAUUUUCCUUUGGCUGUCUGCAGACUAUGUAGAAAAGAUCGAAACCCAAUUAGAAAAGUCUGUUUUAAGCAAGCCAUCCAAAUCUAGCGAAUUUGUUUUCCUUGAACUCUUCCAACCACUCACGGAAAGAGAACAGAUUAAGCUGAAUGAGGUGAUUGCGGAAGUGAGCAAGAAAAACAGGUCCCCAGAUCUCUCUGACUACUUGUCUUGGAAGCAGGCAUUACCUUUGUUUAAGGACUUGUCACCUGAGGAAAGCUCCUUUAUGAAUUGUUGCCAGGCUUCGUUUCAGCAGCAGACGCAGAGGAGCAGCACUCCAGUUCUUGUGAACCCCCUACCUCAGCAGGAACCAAAAGCAAAUGUCACCAAGCCGAGUUAUGCUCUGUUGCAGAAGCAAAAUGGUGGUUGUUAUUCCAUUUCUCUGUCAUCUAAGUCAGAUGAUGAGUGGAAAGAAAUAAGGGAAACUGGACCAGUUCAGAAUUUGAUUGUUUAUCCCGCCCCACCCACAAAAGGAGGACUGGGUGUCACAAGAGAGGAUCUAGAGUGUCUAGAAUACGGAGAAUUCCUCAAUGAUGUCAUCAUUGACUUCUAUCUUAAAUAUCUCUUGUUGGAGAAAGCACCAAAGCAGCUUGCUGAGCGGUCGCAUAUUUUUAGCAGCUUCUUCUAUAAGUGCCUGACCAGGACAGGAAAAAACUCUGAAGAAGAUCCCAAACUGUCAGUGGCACAAAGAAGACAUAAAAGAGUAAGAACAUGGACUCGACAUAUAAACAUCUUUAAUAAAGAUUAUAUCUUUGUGCCUGUUAAUGAGGAGUCUCACUGGUACAUUGCAGUUAUUUGCUUUCCUUGGUUAGAAGAAGCGGUAUAUGAGGACUGUCCAAAUCAGGGGUCACUGCAGUCCCAGACUCGGCAAUCUCCACUUCAGUCAGAAAAGAAGAGAGAAACAGUUAGAACCAACACAGUGCUGGUCUUCAGUGAUAACUGGAAGAAUAAAGAAGACCUGGAUGUAAAGAGCAAUCUGCACUCAGAAGGUAAAGAUCAUCUUGCUUCAUCUCCGAAUUUGGAGUCAAAUCAUUGUGAAAGCUCUUUAAAUAAUUCCAAAUUAAAGAAAGUUUGUAAAAGGCCUUGUAUACUCAUCUUGGAUUCUUUGAAAGCAGGUUCUCUGCAGAACACAGUUCAGAUCUUGAGAGAGUACCUGGAAAUAGAGUGGGAAGCUAAACGAAAAACACACCGAGAAUUCAGCAAAUCAACGAUGCUGGAUUUCUGUCCCAGAGUCCCGAAACAGGAUAACAGCAGUGAUUGUGGGGUAUAUUUACUGCAGUAUGUGGAAACCUUCUUCCAGGAUCCUAUUGUUAACUUUGAGCUGCCAAUGCAUUUGGAGCGGUGGUUUCCUCGUCGGGUGGUGAGGAGCAAACGGGAAGAAAUUCGAGACCUGAUCUUGCAAUUGCAUUUGCAACAGCCAAGCGGCAGCAGCAGCUAACGAAUCUGUUCAGCCAAACCUGGCACAAACAUUGACUGAAUAAAAUUGCUGGAAAGCUGCUUAGGAGCAUUUAGACUCUCCCUUAUGAGAAAGAAAAAAUGCUACAUAGUAUUGUUGUUGGUUUGUUGUAAAUUUAUUCUGAGGCUUUAUAUUUGAAUUGUAUGGUUAGAGGAUGCAGGGAGGGGUGGGGGUGUGGGUAGGGUAUAGAUAAAGUGUAAAUAUGUAAUUUAAAGCUAAUAUUUGUUGGCUAACUGAAUUUUCACUUGGAAUCUGGAAGCAGCAUACAGGUAUGUGCCGCAAAGAUGUGAAAAUAUUUUAAUUCUAAGGAGUGUGUUUCUCACCAUUUGUUACAUUCAUGUAACUCUGGGAGCUGCGUAAGCAUAUAGGUGUCAUAUGUGAUGCCUCCUUGUUUAACUUGAUAACUGAUAAUACGAUCUCAGACCUCUUGUUGUAACUUUCCCCAUUUUGCAAUUCUCGUGUAUAGUAUGAAUACUAUGUAUUUUUUAGUUUGAGAAUAUAGUACUGAAUCUCUUUAGAGAUGCCUUUUGUGGUAUAUUUUGUAAUAAACUGAAUCAGGAGUAACCUGUACCCACCAGGAGAUCAGCCUGUUGAAAGUUGAAAUUGCUGUUUAAGUGUUUCCAUCAUAAAACUUAUUUUUGAAGGAGUUGAAAACAUUUACUCCAGGGUGAAGCUUGAAGCCUUGCAAGGUGAAAAGUGGACUCUUUUCUAUAUUUUUAGAUCCUUUUUUUCCUUAACCAAAUUUUUAGAAAAUGGUUUUGAUUUUAAAAUAUAAAUACAUGCUUGUUGCAAAGACAGUAAAUUAAAUCCUACUCAUCGUACUCUUGUGAGUUGUCCUAUUGACUCGGAUAGGAUGACUUGUAUGUGUAUAAGACAAGCAAGGUUUGGCCCAGUAUGUUGGUUUUAGGGGCUAUAAUGUGAAAUAUAUGCACGUGCCUUCACUCAAAAAAAGCCCAUUAUAUGCAUAUAUGUAGUAUGUCUUAAGAGACUGCAUACAUAUUCAGUGUCCAUUCCUGCAAACAAUUAGGUCUGUACAUAACUUUACUGAUGGGAGUUAGUCCUAUUGAAUCCUAUUGAGUAAAGAUACUCGGAUGUUUAAGUGUUUGAACUGGGCCUUUAUUUGAUAAGCUAGAACAAGUGAAUGUAUAUAUAUUUAGCCAGUUUUUCAGAGAUGUUAGUCACAAAAAGGUUUAAUGACCUUUUAAUGUAUGUGUGUUUCUCCCAUGGUCACUAAUGGGAGAUAGGUGGCUGUGUUGAAAAGGAGCUUUCUUCUGUUUUCUGUGGUAAGUCAGUGCAUGUUUCAGAGCUGCCUUUGAAAUAAUUGUAUUUCAGUUAAUCAACAACACUCCCUCCCCCGAGCUUAUGUUUUAAAGCAGCAUUGCUGCUGACAACCAGAAAAAGUUGGAGCCUUCAAAGCUGAAAGUGAAUUGCAGAACUAAAAUGAAAAUGAAGGGAAGGCCAGAAAUGUGUUGAAUGCUCCUAGAACUGAGCCAGAUCCUCUGCUGGUGUAAACCAGUGCAACUCCAUUGACUUAAUUUACAUCAUUGGGAGGAUCUGGCCUUCACUGUAGGAGUGCAAUCAGCACAGAAAUGUAUUCUGUCUCAAACCAGGAAGUGCUGGAUGAUUUUACAGGGCGAGGAAAAAUAUUUUUAAACCAAGUUUCUUUGCUGAGUGCCAUUACCUUCUGCCUAUCUACGGCCAGCUUACUGGGGGCAGUCGUCAUGCAUUUCUGGUCUUAACAUCAUUUCCUUUUUAGUUUUUCAGUUGAUCUUUUCAAGCUUAAACUAUAGCAACUUCAUUUCAUAUUUGCAUGGGUUAAGAGCAUCAGUCUCAACCUCCAUGAACAUGUGUUGCUUUCCUUACCUUAUAAUAGCAUCAUAAUUAUUAUAGACAUAAGUUUUUGUAUUUAUUGUAGACAUGGAUAAAAGAAUAAGUAAAUAAAUGUAUAUGGUCACACUAA